GUCCUUAUCUAGUGUCGUCUCUUCAGCACUUUCUUCAGACGCUCAGCCACAUAAUUUUCCUACUCGCUUGCUAGUACAGCCACGCGUUCUCCUCAAUUCCUCUAUUCAUCAAUAAAACCGUACUAUCUUCUUCCCCCUCGCCUAACUUGCCCCAGCAUCCCAUUAAUCCUAUCAAAUGAUCCCGACAAACGCCAAAAAAAGACAGCGCGUGCCUCAUCACACUACCUCCACGCGCCACUCCACAUGCACGACCCGCUCCGACUCCUCUAUGAAACUCCGACGUGUCAAAUCCGUUUCCUCCUUCAACGACCACUCCACCGCUGACGUCAUCCUCCGUCUGUACGUGGAUUCGUCUUCCCCUUUCGUCGCUGAAUCCUCCGCCGAGGACGAGGUCAAAGUCUACCUCCACUCCGACGUCCUCCUCCGCUCGAAAUACUUCGCCGCUUUCCUCUCCGAUCGGUGGCAAAAGCCUAACCCUACCAACAAUGACAUUGAUCGCGGUAAUGACGAUAAAAUCAUCUCUCUCAAUUUCGGCGUGUCAAGCACUAAGCCAAGCCCAAUCUCCGAUCACGUAAAAGUCAUUCAGCUUCUCUACACAGACGAUUUCUCUUCAGUUAUAAAUACUGUCACUACAGCUCUCGAUUUGCUCCCCGUUGCUUUGGAAUUACUCUUCGAAGAUUGCAUUAAAGCGUGUAUUAAAUUUAUUGAAGCAGUACCGUGGACCGAAGAGGAAGAGAAGAGAGUUAUCGAAAUAAUUCCUUUAUUACGGGAAGAAGAAUCUAGAGAACUCUUACCUAGGAUUUAUUCACACGAUAUUUCGUGCGAAGAAAUGCUUCACGGACUAAUUAUGUCAGCAAUUCACAACCAUCCAAACACGGCCUUCGUGAAGGCGUUCGUGGCGAAGCUAUUAAGGGAGUUCGCAUCCGGGGAGUCGGCGAGGCGUGUGUUGGAGAGGGCGUUUGAGGAGAGUUUGAAGGUGGUGAAAGAGAGUUUGGAGGAGUAUUCGAGUCCGGAUUUUAGAGGGGAUACGAAUGAGACGGAGGCAAUACAGAGGUUGAAUUUGCAUACGGCGAUGACGAAUGGGCGGCAUUUGGUGUGGUUGGUGGAGAGGAUGAUAGAGUUGAGAGUGGCGGAUAAUGCUGUGAAAGAGUGGAGCGAGCAGGCGGAGUUCACAGCGGAUUUGCAGCGCGCGUUUCGGGAUGAUGCGUGGAGGAACAUUGUGCCUGGUUUGCCAUCUGUUGUGAUGAGGUGUACUUGUAAGCUUGCUAAUGGAGUCGCAGGAGGCACCAUUUUGGCAGCUAGACAGGUUAGGAUGAAGCUGGUAAGAGAUUGGCUUCCUGUUCUAAUUGUUUGCAAAGACAAUGUGUCGGCUCUGGUGCCCAGUCAGAAAGCACUCUACCUGGAGCUUGAAGAGACAUUCCUUAGAAUCAUUUCCACGCUGCCCAUGUCAGAUGCACAACAGUUAUUGCAAAAGUGCCUCAGUUUCUCCACCAAAAAUGUCGAAGAUUGCCCUCAUUUAAUUACAGCCUUCAACACCUGGUUCCGCCGAGCAACUCGACCCUCACUAACAGAUGACCGUAGUUAGAACCUAGAACUAGAUGCUUUCCUUCUGCAGCCUUUGUUUGAGAUAGGCAUAGACUUCACUGUCUCAUGUUGUGCAUAAAUUGGUAUGUGACUGUAUAUAAGAUUAGGGAUCUUUCCAUGUUUGGAACAGAAGCAAAUCUCAAUGCUCUCGAUGUUGUUCCUUUGUAGAGUUGUUUAUAUCAUGGCACUUAUCUGUGUGUAAGGUGGGCAAUUUGCCUUUCAAUCUUUGCAAUGUCACUGUUUAUACAAAACAA